AUAAAAACUUAAUUAAGUAGAUAAAUAGCUUUGAUUGGUCAGAAUUGUUUGUAUUUUAUGAAUUUGUGUUCAUGUAAAUCUUCAGCCUUUAUGUUGUGGGUCUGAUGGCUUUUGUAUUUCAGCCCUGCUUCCCUGCUGGCUUUUUUUUUGGUCAAACCCCAAGAUUUUCUUUAGAUAGAAAAAUUAUUUCUUAUUUCAAUAUAUUUCAUCAAGCCAGUUUAUUCUUUCAGUUUGUUCAGUACUUGAGUUUUGGAUUUGCUUUGCACUUUGUUUUAUUUUAUUAUCGUCUCGUUCUAGUUUAUUCUCCGUUAGCUUAGUUUCUCCUUUUAGAUUUGGCACUUAUUUCUGUUAUCAUUGAAACAGAAAUGAUGACUGUUUGCUUUUUUCUCAGUCACUUUGCCAUUUUCUCCCCUUCAUCAUUUGUCACUGCUCCCAUCACAGCUGCAGUCAGUUUCCCUGAUUACUUCCUUCAUCAUCUCUGCUCUGCAUAUCUUCCUCUCACACUCUUUACUGGCCGUCGGUUCCUUCAGUUUGCUCUGUCUGUGCUUUGCCAUUGGUGCUCACCAUCUCAUGUUCUGAGUUUCCAGUUUCUCGUUUGAAUCCCUUCAUGGUCUCAGCCCGCCGGAUCUACGGACCUGAUCCCUAAGAUCAGACUCUCCUCUCAUCUGCUCAUCUCUCCACCAUGAGGAGAGACUUUAUAUCUGACAGAAAAUGAAGAACAGUGAUAGACCUUUUACUCUGUCACGAAACCAAUGCUUCUUCUCAUUUCUGGUUCUUGGAGUUGUGUUUUUUUCCUGCUGCACAAACAUAAGGAACUUGGAACCUGAUUGGAACUUUAAAUGGUUGAUGCAAAAUAAUUUGACAAAACUCUUCACAUUCAGGAACCACAGCUUCGUCACAAACAACUUAUCUGCAUAUCCUCACCUUCAGGACAUUACACCUGAGCCACUGACUCAACGUAUGAUGCAAAAUAACUCAACACACACCGCUGCUGAACUUCCUGAAACCACGAGCGUCACCACAACGCAGGAGCCACCGACUCAACGGCACAGGACAGUUUCAUCACGGGUCACCAAGAAGACACUAGAAACCCAAACUGGCCAGCGGACAGCGGCUCCUUAUGUGUCUCCUGGACCGUACCUGGUGGAGUACCCCUAUGAGUACCACUUCACUAUCAACGAGGAACUGAAAUGUAAGCAGGAGAAGCCGUUUGUGGUUCUGAUGGUACAAGUGGCGCCACGCAACCGAGCUCAUCGCGACGUCAUCCGUAACAGCUGGGGAAGCGAGAAGCUGGCUAACAACCAGGUGGUGGCGCUGUUCUUCCUGCUGGGGAUGCAGACUGGAGACGAUGCAGAGCAGGUCCACCAGCAGCUGCUGCAGGAGAGCAAAGAGCAUCACGACCUGAUCCAGGGAGACUUUGUGGACUGCUACAAGAACCUGACCAUAAAGACCAUGGUGAUGCUGGAGUGGCUGAACUCCUACUGCUCCAGCGCCGCUUACGCCAUGAAAAUCGAUUCAGACAUGUUUCUAAAUGUUCCCAAUCUGGUCAACUUGCUCCUCAAAGCUCCCAGGACAAACUACAUGACCGGCCUGGUGGCACAAAGAGGACAAGUCUCCAGGAAUCCCAAGUCCAAGUUCUACGUGCCUGUGGAUCUCGUCAGCGAUCAUUUUUACCCUCCCUAUGCUUUGGGUCUGGGCUACAUUUUGUCUUUGGAUCUCACCACAAAGCUCAUUGAGGCUUCCAGACACGUUAAACCUCUUUACAUCGAAGAUGCUUAUUUGGGCUUAUGUAUGAGACACCUGGGUAUCCGUCCAACAAACCCCCCAAACUGGAACCUCUUCCGUAUUUUCCCUUUGAAAUACAGUCGCUGUGCGUACUCCAUGGUCAUCGCCACCACAGUUCCAGAAAAUAUGGAUCGUGUGAAGACUUGGAAAGACUUUAAGAAACCAGGUCAGUACUGUUGAUGAAUAAUAAAAAAACAUUUUCAACACUUUUUGAUUCCACAAAAUAUUUGUGUAAGAUUUCAGAUGGUUAAGAAGUCAAAGUUCCUAUGAAACAGAACAAGCUAAUUUUAGCUUCAUGCGGGAAAGAUGAAAAGAUUAAGUGCAGAAGUAAAUGAUGGUCACCAGUAAAACCAGUUUUCAUUUGACUUUUAGUUCUGUAACCAUUAAUUCAUAUACAUAUAUUUUUUAAAAUGUAUGUGCAUUAAAUUAGAAAAACUAAGGAAACAAAUAGGAAGCAUGAGCCUUUGCUAAUAGUUUAUUUCUAACCUUAACAAUUUAUAUUGUGAGUUGUUGCUGAACUGUACAGAUUAAAAACAGUGAGUGA